AUCGCGUGUAGAGAUUAUCACUACCAAUUAAUACAAUGCAAUAAAAUACACAAGUUAACGUAUUUGCGAUGAUUACGCCUGACAUUUCCUUGAAAUUCAAAAACAUGGGAGCAGAACAGUGCAAUUAUUGAUUUUGGCAUGAUUUGGUGCUUGCAUCUGAUCUCUGUGUUCCAAAACAAUACUACGAUGAAGAGAUGGGGCAUGCAAAUGGUUACUUAACUAACGGGUUCUUUCUAAAUACCCAACAACACCAACACUGCACUUUCAGCAUUUUAGGAACAGGAACCCCCACACUCCACAGUUUCUCACUCAGGGUGUAACAAGUUUCGUUCGGGUGUGUGUAACUAUUGCUGCUGAGGAAACACCUCUAUAUAAUUUUAUCCUUUUGCCAUUUCACUGUGUCUCUCCUGUUGGUGAGAGGCAGACAUGCACAUUGGAAUGAUGGUGAUGAUGACUCCAGCAUUGAAGACCAUUAUGUCAUCCUAUCAUGACUAUGGCAAGAAUUCCCGUCUAUGUCCUUUGCCUAUCAGUCGAUCCAGAAGCCGUCAGUGGCGCCAAUGCCGCAUUGGAACCUUCGCUGUAGCCAUAGCAGCACUUCUCAUAUCUACCACUGCUUGGCUUUCCCUUGUCUUCUCUGAUGCAACUACCUGUUGCUUUCAUCACUUAAAGGAUUGGGAAAGUAGCCCCCACUUUUUCAAUUGGAAGAAGUGCAUCUCUCAUCGUCUUGCAAAAGUAACACCUCCACCAGCUCUCCAAUAUGAGACCGUGAAUGCUCAUCUUCAUAAUGGUAGCAGGACUGUUGAACAGGAAGGCUUGUCACUUAAACAUAUUGUUUUUGGCAUAGCAGGAUCAUCUCAGCUUUGGAAACGGAGGAAGGAGUAUGUCAAAUUGUGGUGGCGUCCUAAUGACAUGCGUGGCCAUGUGUGGUUAGAGGAACAAGUGCUUGAAGAACCUGGAGAUGAUUUAUUGCCCCCUAUCAUGAUUUCUGAAGACAUCUCAUAUUUCCGCUACACUAAUCCCAUUGGUCACCCUUCUGGCCUCCGGAUUUCUCGCAUUGUCAGAGAGAGCUUUUGCCUUGGCCUCUCUGAUGUGCGCUGGUUUGUCCUCUGUGAUGAUGAUACCAUCUUCAAUGUGAAUAAUCUAGUUGAUGUUCUCAGCAAGUAUAAUUCUUCUGAAAUGAUUUACAUAGGUAGCCCCUCAGAGAGCCAUUCGGCAAAUACCUAUUUUAGUCAUUCAAUGGCCUUUGGCGGUGGUGGGAUUGCAAUAAGUCAUUCACUUGCAAAGGCUCUCUCUGAGAUACUUGACGAAUGCAUUGAGCGAUAUCCCAAGCUUUAUGGUAGUGAUGAUCGACUGCAUGCCUGCAUCACUGAACUUGGCAUUCCACUGACAUGGGAGCAUGGUUUUCAUCAGUGGGAUAUAAGAGGUGACGCUCAUGGUCUUCUAUCCUCUCACCCAAUAGCACCAUUUGUAUCAAUUCAUCAUGUUGAAGCUGUUAAUCCCUUUUAUCCUGGCCUGAGCUCUUUGGACAGCCUGAAACUUUUUACAAAUGCCAUGAAAGCCGAUCCCAAAAGCUUUUUGCAGCGUUCAAUAUGUUACGACCACGCACGGCAUCUAACAUUUUCAGUGUCACUUGGUUAUGUUGUUCAAGUCCUGCCUAACAUUGUUUUUCCUCAAGAACUGGAGCGCUCUGAAAGGACAUACUCUGCUUGGAAUGGUAUUAGUCAAACGAAUGAAUUUGAUUUUGAUGCCAGGGAACCAUACAAAUCUGUUUGUAAAGGGCCCACUCGAUUCUUCUUGAAAGAUACUAGAAGAGAGGGUAAUGCUUCUUGGGGUUCAUAUGUUCGGGGUAGAGAUAAAGAUGAUUUCAAAAAGAGAAUUUUAUGCUUUCCUCACUUCCCCCCUCUGCACAAUGUGGGAGAGAUCCAGGUAGCAGUGCAACAUUUGAGCAAGAAUUGGCAUCUGGUUCCACGACGUCUCUGUUGCCGACAAAGCCAAGCUGGCAAAGAAAUACUCCAAAUCUCAGUUGGAGAAUGUGGGAAGGGAACUUUUAGCUCUGUCUACUGAUUAUGAUUUGUACAUGAUUUGGCCUUUCUGUGAAGAGCUAAUUCCAUGCGGCAUUUUUUACCCCAUGAAUUGAGCUUUCUUGAACUUCUAUUUUUUCGCUAGUAGACACUUGAACUUGCAGAUGUUAGAGAAAAGGUUCCCAACUGCAAAAGCCAUAGUAUGCAAUUUUUCUAUAUGAUAUCUAUCUCUACGCCAACACACCAUGUAUACAUACUUGCUUUUUAGGAGUAUUUUAACAAAGUUACACCUAGAGUAUAUUUUAAGAA